GUCUAAUGAUACCAAGAACAGACUCAUUCGUAGGAUGCAGCAGUAGAAAGUGCGCUGUUACAGAUGCUAUGACACUAAGUUUGACGCAAGCUAUGGUUACUCUUAACAAACUGAAAAUUGACAUAAAUCAUUUAAAGGGAUAUAUACCCGAGAUAAGAGAAUUUAGAAAAAUAUUACACAGAUGUGUUACAAGAGUAGCUCGCACAACGACAACCACUACAACGACUACUACAACACGACCAACAACAAAACCCACGACACGUCCAACAACUACCACGACGCGACCAACAACUACAACGACGCGACCAACAACUACCACGACACGGCCAACAACAACAACAACUACUACUACUACUACUACUACUACCACGACACGACCAACAACAACAACAACAACCACCACACGACCAACAACAACAUCAACUACUAUCACGACAGAACCCACAACAACAACCACAAAAGCCACUACAACACCAACAACUACAACCACACUUUCCACAACUACAACACAUCCAACAACAACAACACAACCAACCACCGCGACAUCGCUAACAACGACAACGAAUUCAACGACUACGACAGUUACAACUGAACCACCAUUAACAACUACAAACCGAACUCGAAGAACAAAAUCUACGACACGUGAUCCUAUGAUGGACAUUUAUUAUUAAAAGUUAAUGUAAAAUUACAACGUUCUCCUUCGGACAAAAUGAAAGUAAAAUUAUACCUACAUAUAGGAUACUCGUCUUGCGAUCUUCGUUUUGAUUAUUACGAGUAGGUAUGUUUGUUGAUGACGAUUGAUUUCAGUUUACCCUGUUCAAUACAUGUAAGUAUACUAAUAAGUGAAAUAGAACAGAUAAUGUAACAGGCAGUGCUGGUUUUCAGAAGGUAGGUACCUAACUAGGGUUGCAAAAAAACGGUUUUUUUUCUGGCUUGAAAAAAAAAACAUGAAAAAAAACCGUGAAAAAAACAGUU